AGAUCCUUCUGAUCAAUUAUACAAUGAACACUGCGAUCAAUGACGAUCGCCCAAGUUCGGCUUCAAAAUAUGUACUCAACACUUUGGGGGAAAGUGGUCUUUCCGACAUUCCUCGCAGUGCUCCGAAGAAAGCUGAACCAUCGACAUCUCGCCUAACAGAAGCUUACACGAAGUAUGAUGUAAAAGAGAAGCUGCCUCCGGUCUGCAGAAGUGGAAAGCCCUUAGCCCCCACUUGCGCCAGCAGUUAUUUUAUUCAGCUCAGUAAGACCUGGGAUCGGGGCACCAGGACCGUCCGAGAAAAGAUACUUCGGGACUUUGUAGAUCAUAACAGGAAUAAGACCGGUCCGCAGCUGGAGCGCGAAUUCAGCAAUGGUGCCAGCUUGUUUCUGACUCGGCUGACGGCGUGGCUCCGAUUGACUUACUUGCUCGGCCAAAAUUUAGCCCUCCAGCUACAAGCCAUUAACAUUUUUGUCUCCGCUUCGAGUGGUCAUCGUUUUUUGGCCGAGUUCUUGGAGGUCGGUGGAGUUUUGACAGUCCUUGAAAUUCUUGGUCUCUCGCAAGUAAAAGAGCCUGAUAAGACAGAGGCCUUAAGACUCUUAUUGAGCGUCGCACAGUCAGGACGGAGGUACAAGGAAUUCAUUUGCGAGUCCUAUGGUGUACGGGCGAUUGCCGAUUGCCUCGGUCGAUCCCGCUCAGAAGUCACUCAAGACUACGCAAGAAAUUUGCUAUAUCAGCUCGGGAUUGGAAACCCAAAAUUCCUCAUGCAAGUUUACAAAUCACUAUUAUCACUCCUUACAUCCCAAGGGCCCUCUCCUACGUCACAGCAAAUGGCGGGACAGGCUUUGCGGAUGUUGCUGCCUUCCAUUCAAGCCGUACACCCUUCUAUUGUUGAGGCCACGAUAGCGUUACUGAAGAACCCUCAUAUUCAGAUUCAAUAUGAAGGAUACGAGAUCCUACGGGAACUUAUCAAGCGUCCCCCCCUUCAAGAUGUCAUCUUAUCCCAACUUAUUACAAUACUAAAAACUUGCAUAGAGGAUGUGCAAGAAGAAACCCCCGAAGACCGAAGACGUCGCCCAAAACCCAUGAGUGAAGGAAAAACCCUCAACGCCGGACACUGGGGAGGUUUUGUACCCAAGUCCGAUGAAAUGAAGUCCCAAAACGAAGCCAUUGCAUCUAGUUAUGUGCAACAGGCAUACGCUGCAAAACUACUAGGAGUCAUAGCUGCGACCAAUCGCGACCUGGCAGAAAGAAUGAUUGAAUCACAAGUAGUUAGUGGCCUGUUGAAUGUCAUUGCGAACGUGGGACAUGCCGAUAGCCAGCACUACGCCGCAAAUGCGCUCAUUUUCCUGGUAGAAACUUUUGAGUACGUUGCCGUUGCGCUUCAGGAACAUAUGGGUAAAAACUUUUUCGAACUUCUGGAGGAAAGGCCGGACACAUUCUACAAAGAGCUCAAUAGGGAGCAAGUUCGCUACCUGCGACGAAAUAAUGUUCAAAUACACGGAACAGGAAGUACCCAUUCACUGUCAGAAUGGGAGGAAACAAUGAGUUCGGAUGAAGAAGACGGAGAAGAGAGCGAUAAAGGACGACCGAAAAGCGCACGAUCGAUGCUGAGCGCAAAAUCCCGCUCUACCACAAUCGGAACUCCUUUCGACAUGUUCCCUGCGACAAGGGAAGGAGAAGGCGAUCGAACUGAAUCUAAGCAAGAGGAACCGUCACUUCCGGCGGAACCAGAAACAAAGUCAGCGGCGUUACCCAAUCCCGAACAUGAUUACUCCCAGGUGUCAGCUGCGGUGCCGGCCGUGCAAGAGAUCUAUGUGCCAUUCGCACAACCGACAGUGAAUGCAACCUUUUCGGCCAGCAAGUUCGGCUUAACAUCUCAUAAGGAGGUUAAGGAGACUUUUGAAGCUGAUCUUCAACGGUUCAGAAACAAUGAGUCCGCCCAGCGCAGAGAGGGAAAGAAAGAGGAAUUUCAGCUCAAUCCAGCUAGCGAACAGUGGUUGAACAAGAAGAAAACCGCCGAUUUCCAUGAUAUCAAACUCGCGGUUGAGAGUAGAACCUCCACCACCAAGCUGUCAGAAUGGCGUGAUGCUCCGAAGUUUUCUACCAGCUCCUCCGCGACGGGGUUGCAACCGAAUGAUAUACCUCGAGAAAAAGACCACAACUGGCAUGUAUCAUCAUAAUCUUUGGGAACGGUAUAUUUCCAAAUAUAUCGUUGGUGGAUGCGUUUAUAUCAAUACAAUGAAUCACAACGUGCAGGUUCAUCAUUAGUAAUCUGUGCACUUGUGACUCGUCUCAAG